UGAGCAGCUGUGUCCCCGCCUGCUGCACCAGCACUGCCCAUAGGCACACACACACACGCAUUUACACACGCCUUUGGGCUCCCUUUCCAACUCCGUCCACACACAUACACACAUCAUGUACAGUGUGGAGGACCUGCUGAUCUCUCAUGGAUAUAAACUGCCCAGGAGCGGCCCUGCCUCCUCCUCUUCCUCUGCGCCUUAUGACAAUCGAAACAACGAAUGUCGCCGUGAGAACGUCGUAGAGAACCGGCCUGCCGCUGCUGGUGGUGGCGGGACGCUCAACGGAUUUGGGACGACGGAAGGGGGAGCCGAAGGGAGCACUGGGGUGUACAGGCCAGCACCAGUCAAGUCUUAUCCUGAGAACAACAAUAAUAUCAAUGAGGGCCAUGAAAGGAUUCAGCGCAGAUUGGAGGUUCCUGUCGCUUUCCUCGGUGACCUGCAACCUCUGGGUGACUCUCUAGCGACUGACAGUGGGUUCUACGAUGCACCCAGCCUGACAUUCUCUGAACAUCCAGAUGAGCGGGAUAUUUCAUUUUGGAGAAGGAGGGGACAGGAUUUCAGUGCUCUUUUGGACUAUGCUGAUCCCAGGGAGCUCAGAGUGUCUGGGGGAUUGUGGCGAGGUCCAGUAUUAGCUGUUGAGGAGCUGAGAGGUGAGAGGCCACUGGCACGCUGGGAGGAAGGCCCAUGGAUACGAGAACCAAUAGACUCAGGCCCAGAGACUCUGCGUGUGACUGGAGAGAGAAAAUGCCAGAGUCUAGGCACAGAGGAAUGGCGGCCUGCAGUGGGCCUGGGUCGGCAGCUGUCAGAUGGGGAGGCUGAACAUUGGUCUCUGGAACAGCAACACCGUCUGCGACCAGCAGAGGGCAAUGUGUCAGCCACAGUGCGUGCCAAGUCCCAGUCACUCCCUCGAGUCCUUUCACCUGAGGAUCCUCACUAUGGAGAACUGCCUCAGACUGGUGCCCCAAAUCAGCCCCCUACACAAAGAAGUAACAGCUCUGCUCCAUAUGGUCGAUUCCACGGUGAAUGGCCUGCAGGGGAAAGGUGGAGUGGUCAGACACAAAGUCACGGUCCUUCUGCAGUUGUACCAAAGCCACGGUUCAGCCGCCCCGUCAAGCCCCCAUCUUAUGAGACUCACCAGCAAAACAGGGGAAGCUGGGAAACGUUGUCUUCUGAACCUGUGUCCAAACCCAGAGACCGUGCAGUGUGCUUUACUCAGAGUUUUGAACCACUUAGAGACCGCUCUGGUUGUUAUUCUCAGAGUGCAGAGCCUAUAAGAGAUCGGUCCAUUUGCUUUUCUCAGAGUGCAGAACCAAUUCGCGACCGCAUGAUAAGCCACUCUCAAAGUGCUGAACCACUAAGAGACAGAUUUAUCAGUCAUUCACAGAGUGCUGAACUUCUGCGUGAUCGUUUUUUCACCCACUCUCAUAGUGCAGAUCUGUUGAGGGACAGAUCCCUUUGUUACUCUCAGAGCUCAGAACUGCUACGAGACCGGUCCAUUUGUUACUCCCAAAGUGCAGAGCUUCUGAGACCAGAAGCAUAUAGAGAUCUGUUUUACCAUGAACUGACUGGUAUGGAGCCUCCUGGUUACAUCCCACCCCCCUCCUAUAGGAGAUUCCUUCCGCCCAGGAGCGGACAGAACUACAGAGCAGAUUCUGCUCUUGUCAGAUGGAAACGUGAGCCUGUGAGUGCAGAGAUGGGCCAGUGGUUUUCCAGGACCUCAGGAUUGUCAUGGUCAGAGCGGCGUGAAGACAGGAGCAUGGCAGUAAUUCCAAGAAGGCCUGUGCAUCCAGGGCCUGUUGUACCUAGCCGCUCAGGACUCGUACAGUAUGUCCCAUUUGAUGACCCGCGCAUCAGGCAUGUCUCAGGGGGGCCCUCUGGAAACUCACUCACAGACGCGGACAAGAUCCGACACGUCAACAAAGAGCUUCCCUGCGCUGCAAAUUUAGGACAAUCCACACAUGAUAGUGCCUUUCUCCCUUCACAGGGACAGAGUCUCAACACGGACACUAACAAACCGGCUCUUACUGAACAGGAGAAUUCUAACCGCUGGCACAAAGGGAUGAACAAAGGCAGUGAAACUGUAGCACCUGAGCAGAGUUGUGUCAAGUAUCCCGCAGCCUUUCAGCCCAGGCCCCUACAACCAAUCAUUAAAACAGAGAGAAAUACAGACCAGCAGGCUAGAACUGACAGAGUCACUGACCAAGUUAAGGUUGAGAGAGUAACAGAGCCGGUCAAAGUGGAGAGAGGUCCUGAACAGACAAGAACAGACCAGGUCAAAGUAACUGAGCAAGUGAAACCAGAACGUGUUACAGACCUGAUCAAACUGGAUAAACCUACAGAUCAGGUAAAGCCAGACAGGUUUACAGACAAACAAAUAAAGGUAGAAAGAUUAACUGACCAGAUACAGAUAGACAGGUUCCCAGAUCAGGUCAAGGCUGACAGAUAUACAGAUAAACAAAUUAAACCAGAAAUCAAGGUAGAGAAAGUUCCUGAAAAGCCCAUGAAAACAGACAGAAUUUCAGACAAGCAAAGUAAAGCUGAAAGACUCUUAGAGAAACACUUGAAGAUUGAUAGAAUUUUAGAAAAACAACUUAAAGCAGAUAAACUACUAGAAAAGCAAUGCAAACCUGACAAAUUUACUGACAAGUUGAUCAAGGCUGACAAGCAGGCAAAAGGAGAUGGCAGUACAGACCAGAUAAAAGUUGAGAAGAUUACUGACAAGUCUGGAAAGGCUGACAAAUCCAUGGAUAAAGGUUCAUCAGAGAGUGUGUCAACUGUAAAGACAGAACCAGUCCAGGAACCCGAGAAAAAGAGUGUGAAAAAGAAACUUAGUGAGACAAUUUUUUGCCUUGUGUCUGUCCCACUUUCACAGUCCAGUUCAAAAUCUCGAGAUCAAAACAACAAUGAAGAGAAAGAACCAGACUCUCCUCCAAUUCCUCCUCCUCCUCCACCAAGCUCCUCUAGUGAAAACAGCAACACCCUCGGCUCCCUGCCAAACCAAAGCCUCAAAAGCACAUCCACCACCUCCACUGACCUGGAGCUGCAAGCACUCACACUUGGCAGUGGGUCCAGUAGCAUAGCCACAAGGAGAAGUCACCGCAGAAGGAACUCACGCUCUAGGAUCAUCAAGCCAAACCCACAUGAUGAACUCAGACGGUAUUCUGGGGCAUGGCCAGGGGACCAGUACCGUGAUCAGGAGACCCAAACGAGCCCUGAGCCCACAAAGAGCAAUGCAAUUCCAUGUCCCACCAAUACAGAAGCACAAGAUGGUCAUGUUGCCCCAGAGGUAACAGCUCCUGCUGAGACCGCAUUGGUGGCUGCAGGGCCUGCCCCAGGGGCCCUUGGAGCUUCGUCAGCUCCAUCGGCUUCAUCUGCUCCAUCGGUUCCAUCUGUUCCACCAACUCCAGGAGCUCCACCAGCUUCAGGAGCUUCAGACCCCAGCACCCCUUAUGGGUAUCCCAUGAAGGGACAGAAAAGCUUAAAACCAUCCAGCAACAGUGCUUUUUCACGGACAGGUACCUUCUCCAAGAGCACAGGAUCUCACAGACCUCCAUUACAUCCACCACCACAUCCACCACCCCCUCCUCCAACCCAACCUCCAUCUCAACCUCCUCCCCCCCCUCCAACACAGCCUCCAUCACCACCAUCAGAUCCAACUGAAGAUGCAAAGUCAGCCUUUGGGCCAAACCCUGAAAACUCUGGCCAGUUUUUGCUGAAGCCUGUGUGCAGGCGUCCAUGGGAUGCCAUUGAGGAGCUUGAUGCCAUCAAUAAAGAGGCGCAGGAACAAGCAAGUAAACGUCCCAGCGUGGAUCAGUGCAUUGAGGAUCUUAAUGAGGCCUAUAAAGAUAUUAUGGAGCUUAGCACUGCCAGCAAUAACCUUCCCAAUCGUUCCUCCAUGCAAAUCCCUGACCGUAUAAAAUCCAGGCUAUCUUCAGAUCCGCUUGGGAUGCCAGCAACCACUCUUCGUCCAAGCUUGGUACCUGGAGGUGACCCAGAAUACCGGGAGGUGAAGAGUGCCUUUUCCCGGCCAUCAACUGGGAAGAGUGUGAGCUUCAGCAAACAACUGAGAGAGGAAAUUUGUCCUGCUCCUCCCCCACCAGAACCAGGCUUCAGAGAUUACAAAACCGUCAUGUCCCAGAUAACCCAGCGCAAAGCCUGCAGAUCAGUGAAGCUGGACAUCCCAACCCCCAAAGAGACCCAAAGAGAUGAUGAUUUGACUCUACAAACCUCCUCCACCUCUUCCAUGUCAGCUGAGGUCCCAUGGGGAGAGAGACAGCCCAUGCAAGAUGCCUCCACUUUAACCAGCCCCCCAGAUUACGAGCACAUCUGUCAAACUCUCCAAAUGGCCCGUGAAUCUGGGGCUGUUAGCCGUGCUUCUGUCAAAUCCAAACCUGGAAGUGCCAUGAGCAUUGAAACCCCUCAACAUGUACCUAUACCUGGAAGACCUCCAGUAGAUUCUGAGCAGCCAUGUUGUUCAUCAGCAUUAGAAGUGAGACAGGAGCCAGUCUCAAUAUUCAGGGAGGAAAGAAGCUCAGGCUUUAGAAGGGUAACAAGCAACUCUAAUAGGUUCCUUAGUAACAGGGGUGUGCUCUGUAGCCUUGCAACUGGAAAGCCGGUUGGUGAUAAAGCAGGUUUAGAGGCAAACCCAGAGGUACCUGCUGACUGGCAAAUGCAGCUUUUAUUAGCCGAAAAGCAUAUUGCUACUCUGAUAACAGGAGAGGGGACAGAAGAAGACCUUGAUGAGUCAAACAAGGUUAUAGGUGAUAAAGACGUUUUUGCUAGUGAGCCAGUUGAGAAAGAAGUGAUUAACAUUUUUGCCUCUGAUAUUAAGGACGAUUCUGAAAGUGCUGGGCAGAAAUGUUUAGAAAUAAAAGAGACAGAAGCAGAGCAAAAAGAGACACCUGAAAGCCAACAAACUGAAGUGAGAGAAACAUUGAGAGAGGAGGACACUUCUAGGGAAAAGAUGCAAUCGGAACAAGAGAAAUGUGAGCAGAAUGACCCUGUUACUGAAGGAACUGAUCAAAAGAGUGAUGUGACCUCAGAGGCAAUGAAAGAACCAAAUGUAAUCUUGAGAACAAAUAAGGCGGCAAUGUGGACUCAUUCAGGUUUGGAUUCAGAGCACCGUCCUGAAUUUCCACCAGAACACCUACCACUUUCUUUGCUACCUUGCACUAAUCGUAGACUGUCUCUAGGUUUGGACUGGGAGAAAGGUGGGUGGGAAGGGGAAAGUUUGGGCCAAGGUGGAUUCUGGUCCAAAGAGAGGCGGUCUCUUGAUGCUGAAAGAUGGGGUAUUGGUGGGGAGAGCUGGGGUUUAGACAAUGAUAGGCAGGAAGGCGGUGGUGAAAAGCGGGGGCUGGGGGGUUGGCGAGGGUGUGGUAUUGAUGGGCAGGGCACAGAUGAUUCAGACUGGGAGUUGGAUAAAAAUACUCAAGCCACUGAUGGCAAAGAAGCGGAUUCAGGUACAAAACAGGAAACACUUGCACAGGGUCUCGGUGAAGAACAUUGUAGUCCAGCCUCUAGCACUGACAAAAUAGAGCAUAAAGAAAUUAGUGUUUGUGAAAGAAUUGAUAAGGGGCAGAGUCGAGUUUCAGAUUGCCAGGUUUCAAGUGUUGAUAGACGGAGCCGUGGACUUUCCCAAAGAAUAGAGGCUCUUUUUACAGCCCCACCCGGGCAUGGCUCAAAGGAAAGACUUGCACGCAUGAAGGAGGUGGACACUGUUUCACGAAUGAGACGCCUUAGCCUCCGUAGCUCAGACUCUUGGGAUGGACUGCAGGGGGUCGGAAGGUGGGAAGAUUACGAAAGGGAGGGAGAAUGCCCCCCUCCUGCCCCAGAGUAUUCUUCAAACAUCACAAAAUUAGAGGAUACAGAAGGCAGUACCCUCCCUGCAGUCAUCAGUGAACCUAAAGAAACAAAGGAGGACCAGGAAACCCUAAAAGAGUCACAGAAGCCCAGCCAGGUGGAGAGGUCAUAGCUGAACCCUAGAGGUCAUCCAACUAAGGGCCAGCCUCCAGCACUGUGACCUGGCUGUCUGCAAAAUGCCUUCAUCCUCAUAUGCUUUUGAAACACCAUCAGACAUUGACACACACAUACACACACAACAUUAGACACAAACACACAGAGCGAUGCAUCUAUCUAAUACACAUGUCUGUGUGUAUAAAAAACAUUCACACACAAACUCAGCUGACACACAAAUACUCAAAGUCAUUGUCAUGUAUGCAGACGCUCACAUGCAUUCAGAACACCUUUCAACACCUCACCACACUGAGACAUCUGAAAUGGCCUUCUACUCCGACAAGAGCAUUGUGUAUCAACUCCACUCCACGCCCACUCAGUUCCAGCUCUGCUGGCUUUCUAAGUGUUGCUGUUCCACUGCCAGAGGGAGGUUCCCAACAAACCCCACCCCAUUCAUAUGUUAGUCCUCAUCUUGCGCCAUGUUUCUUAACUCCUUGUUCCUGUCAUUUUUCUUUCCCCUGCAAUUUUCCAUAAAAGUUUGGUUUAUUUGAUGUUUGUCUGGUGUGUUACUCAGCAACAAUGAACGUGUUGUUGUGUUAUGAAGAAACUAAAAAAACUACUUGUUGCGAUCUUUUUUAUAAAAUAGACUGUUCAAAAAGUAUGACAGAACAAUCGAUGACGUUUUAAAACCAGCAACAAUAUCUUAUCAUGUCCUACCCGUUCCAAAUGACCUAUCAUCUUCAGUGUUCUUUCCUCAAACCAUUUCCUUCCUCACAUCUUUGUCAAACACCUCAGUCUUCACACUAACCUUCAUUAUACUAACUCAUUCAUUUCAUCUAGACAGUGUUAUCUCUGCGCACCAGUGUUUUGCUAAUAGCGCAAUACCGCUAUUUGUGUAAGUGCUCACAACUUACAAUAUCAUCCCAUCAGUAUUAGCAAAGCCAUAUCUCUGUAUUCGAGGUCUUGUGCUAGAAUUCUUAAUUCCUAUGACCACAUUAGAUUUACAUUGUCUUUUUGUACCUUAAUCACUCUUUAUUUAUUGAAUUAAUGUCCGCAGUGCUUUAGUUUCUGACUUCGGGGCCAUUCUCACUGAACAUGUUUUUUCAUUCCAAUGUGCUACCUUUCCAUGCAAACACGCUCUUAAUUGACAUGUAUUACCGCUAUGCUCACAUCUCACAUCUUUUUUGGCCCCUCACACCACAAGCGCUGUUUUUAGGAACGUAGUGUCAAAACAAAAUGAAAUUUAACUUUUAUGGCCCAUUUCCACUGAGAGGUACAGUACGGUACGGUAAGGGUCACCUUUAUCAGGCUUGCAUUUCCACUGCCAAAAGGGUACCUUUUUAGUGGGUGUGGUGUACGACAAAAAGUUUCAGAGGACGUCAUUUUUACUCUGGAAAAUGUCACAGUAAAGCCGUACAGGUCGUUCACAUAUCAUAUGAGAAGCACUUCUCACAAAACAGAUGCUUUAUACACGUAAAUACUUGAGAAUAACUGUUCAAUACUAACCUUUCUGUGAACAUGAUUUAAUUAUUACUGCAGAUCAAUGAUAAAUUGCGAAAUAGCCUACUGUAACAUCUGCGAUUAUAUGAAAUAAACAAAUAAAUAAAUAGCAUAAAUGAACACAUACAGACCCUUACAGUCUUUGAUAUGUUAUCAAUUACAGAAAAACUACACACAGGAUAUAUUUAGUCUUUAUUUAGGUUAAAAAACAACACGAAAUAUAGCCCACAGUCAGUGUAAACCUCUCAGAUGUGUCUUUAAUCUUCAGCAGCACAUGUAACAUCUUGUUAGAAAGUAAUUCCGUCAUUCCGAGUUCAUAAUAGUCCAAAAGGUGAUGAUAGUAAUUAAACAUGGCAGUUUGUUCAUGUUUUAGGUAGCAGAAAGCAUCAUUUGCUGCUGUUUUUUCUGGCUUCCCCUUUGUUUUUUCGCGCUUCACACUCACGUUUGUCGAUUUCUAAAAGUAUUGGGUGUCAGAAGCGCUUCAAUGAUCACGCGCACAUUAUUUAUAUGAGGUCAAGAAGUUUGUUUCUUCUUGGCUUUGUGGCUGUCCAUUAAGAUGACGAAAGGGUUUUUUUUCAAGCUCGGGUCAACCAUGGCUUGUUAUUAUAUGUAUAUAUUAUUACAGUGUAAUGUCUUGGCUGUGAAUUUAAAAAUGGCAGUUCCUUUGUUUUCAUUCUCCUGCAUUUGCGAGUGACGUAUCUCUGUAAACCAAUAGCGUUUAGCUGCUCAUCUAGCUCUGCCUUUUUGUACCCUUUUUUCUGCUAGGUACCCUUUGCAAAGGGUAACCAAAAAGUGGUACAGUAUGGUUUGCUUUUAGGUACCUUUUGACAGUGGAAAUGGCCAUAAAAGCGUACUGAACCGAGCCAUACCGUACCAUACCACUCAGUGGAAACAGGCCGUUAUACGCAGUGCUGCUUAUCAAUGUCUGUUGCAAAGCAUUGGACAAGUUAGAAGAUGUUUCAGGCAGGGCAAUAGUUUACAGUAGCAAGUUGGCAUGUUUUUUAUUUGACAUUAACUUUUUUUGACUUCCUUUUUAUAAAAAACAAUUCCUAAAUGCUGCAUCUCACAUAUUUAGACCCAAAAACAUGUUCUGUGUGAAUGGCCUAUUAAAGCCAACCUCGUCAUAAUGCCAUGUCCUAACCUGGUGCAUUCAACAUCCUAAGAUUUUUGAUUCGUUAUUGCAGUUUUUCAUAUUUCAGUAAAAUUUGAAUGAAAAUAACUGCUUUUGAAAAAAAGAACUAUAUUUAGCAUACAGAAAACAAAUGUGGUGGUUCAUUCCACUGUGGCAACCCCUGAUAAAUCAGGCGCUAAGCUAAAGGAAAGGAAGGAAAAUCUUUUUUCCAGUAAUUUUUCUCAAUAGCCCAAUGUAGUCAGAAAUAUUAAUGGCUAAAAUAAACCUUUUCAAAGCUUUGAGCAAUAGAAAGGUGCUAUUUAUUCUUCUUUUUUUUGAAUCAACUGAAGCAAUUGCUUAGCAAAAUGAUUCACUGAUACCAAAAGACACUGGCCACCAGUUUCCAAUCCUCUUCAGAAUACCUUCUUGUUGAAAUUGCAUCACAUACCUGUAUCUUUCCCCAUGUUCGAGCUUCAUCAUGCAUGACGUUCACCAACCCGUUCAUCUUUCAUACUAUUCGCCCACUAAAACCUCAUAAAUUGAUCAGCCUGUCCAUAAUCCUAAAACCAGGCCGUCUCUACCCCAUUAAUUUUGUCCCUCCAGCCUCUGUUGACACCCUGGAACUCUCUUGUCGUUUGUUGGAACAUGUGGUCCGCUUGUGGAGUGAUUUCAAGGGGUGCGUUUACCCCUCUGUCCAAUGUGGUUCUGUUUGAGCAGACAUGAAUGUUUUGUAAACGCUUUUUAAAUUUUGGUAUAUAUAGUUUUUUUUUUACUUUACCAAAACCAGUAAGGCAGUUUUACGAGAACUGUUCGAUUAAUUCAUUCAUUUUCUGUCAUGUUUAUGUGUCACGUGAGCUGUUCUGCUCCAAAUCAGGAGUCAGUAGAAGAAGCUCAAUGGCUCUGAACUGUUUUCAUUUUCUGACAAAUCGAUCAAAGAAACCGUAUCGCUCUUGGUUCAAACCCAUAGUGCCCUACAACCAGAACUUUUCAGCACACUGUAACGUAUGUCCCUGAGUGUGGAGAGCUUUGUACAGUAUCGACAAAAAAAAAAAAAAGAAAAGAAAAAAGUGAGGUAUUGCAGGUCAAACGGAGACCUGGGUUGGAUGAGCGUUUCAGUAUUUGAUGUAUCAACUUUAAAAGCACCUUGUUAACGUAUUUUUAUCGGGAUUGGAUUCAAAGAGAAUUUUUAGCUAUCAAGUGGCCUUUUUGAAACACACCAGUAACGAUAAGCCUAAGGAGUUACUUUGAAACACCACCAAAAUGUUUGAUAUCUCAAGUGUCGAAAUGUGCAUCAUGUUUUGAAUGUUUGUCUGAUAUAUCAAAUACCUUAAAUGAUGUUGUGUGACCCAGGUUUCACUUUGAAUUAGGGAACUAUUUUCAGGCGAUGUAGACUUCAAGAAAAAACAGGGUCCAAAUGCGAACACAAAGACACACGUUAGCUACUUGUUGCGUGUCUUCACCCUAAACCCCCAGGUAACUUCGGGAAGCAAUAAAUGCUCACGACGAGUGUUUUCGAUGACAAAUGUGUACAGAUAAUUUUAACGGUUAAACGUAGAUGGUUGCAAAGUAGAGGACAGCUCUAGAAAUGUAAUGAUUUGGAUUAGUUUAGGUGAAAGAUACUCUAUGGUAAUGUGUGAUAUGUAUGGAACAAUUUUAGGAAAAACGAAACUUCUGAGAUACCAUAUGCUACGGAAUGGAGAGAUACUUUCUGACAUCUUAAUGCAUGAAAGCUUGAGCAAUAUUGUCCAACACUAAAAGCGCUCAUUGGCUGUAGAAAAUCCGGGAAGCGGUAUGUACUUGUGUUUAAAAGUGUCAUCUAUCCAAAUGUCACUAUUAGAAAAGCGUUUCAGUUUGCGUGCAAGCGGGAUGAAAGAGUGUGCGCGCGUGCAUGUGUGUGUUCGCUUGCUUUUUUCCUCAUCAUAGUGCCGUCCAUGCGAUUUAACAAAAUAAUAAUGCAUUUCACUGAAUACUUAUUUUUUUUAUCAUUGGAAUUGUUAACCAGUCUGCAUUAUGUAUAAAAUAAAAGUAUAUUUUAAAUAUUUUAAAAGAUAUUUUGUAUUUAACCAUGAUAAUUAAUUUCUCCGCUCUUGGAUCAAGUUGGCAGUAUUACGUUGCUGUAUAGAAUGAUAAGAAAAUUAUAUAAUUUUCUAGCGCUUCAAAACAAAAAUAGAGAAAAAAGAGAGAGAACGAGACCUGCAGCAUGUCCCAUUUUGGCUUCUCGAAUUUUAGGGGCUCUCGUUGUAAACAUCGAACAUGUAUUACAGGACUUCUUCUUUUUUUUCUUUGGGAGUUUGUAGUAAAUCCUGUAGUAAAUUCAAAAGGCUCAAGGUUGAUAUUUGACGCUUUGUAUAGUUAUAAUGUUCAUCCAGUUCGCAAAUUUAGUGGAUCCAUUCACAGCUGCCUAGAAACUUGUUACAGAAAAGUGCAUACAACGAGGAAAUCGCAACAUUAAAAGUGACUUUGUUUGAUCUUGAUUCCGUUCAAAGCUAAAUGUGGCCUUAUUUUAUUUGAGCAUCUGUACGUCUUCCAUUCAGAAUCAUGUACUGUUAUCAUCAUGAGCUUUUUCUACCAAGAAAUGAGACAUAAAUCAAUAGGUAAACAGUCUUUAGAUCACUCAGCCAAAUAUUUCUUUCUUUCUUUGCAAGUACGAUAAGCUAACGUUCGGAUUGAAAGUAAGAUGUGUAGCACACUGACAGGAUCUGUUCCCUACUUCACUGAAAAAAAGGCCAUAACUGUUAUAUGAUUUCAAGCUGUUUUCAUGAACUAUGUAGCAUUUUUGCCAUUGUAGCAUUCAGAGUGUGUUAAACGUGGGAAAGCCACUGAAUCGUACUGUUUUUAUUUUCAUUUGUAAUGGGAGUCGUAAUGAUAACACUGUCUGUAUCUGAAAAACACAAGCUGUUGCAUUUUUCAUGCCAAGAGUGUCAUGGGUUACAUUUUUAACGCUUUUUUUAAAAGUCAUUGGACAUUUCUGGAUAUCAUGGUUCGCAUUUGCAUACACCCAUUUUUUUUUUGGUUCCAUGUUUGUAAAUGUUUUAGGCAUUUGAAAUGUAAAUAUGUGACAUAAGGAUAAAAAAGAAUCAGAUUUAAUAAACAUUUUCUACAAUUUAAUUGCUGUGUAUCUGAAUAAGAUCUGUAUAGCUAUGUUUGGAGUUCGUUAAUCCUCUUUAUUA